UUAACUGCCUCCAACUUAGUCUUACAGGGACUCCCUUCUGAAGAGCUUAUUGAGUCUUCGCGUGACCAAGGUUUUGUGAGAGCUACUGUGCUUAUUCUUUGCCCGUUCAAGAAAGAUGCUUUUGAUAUUGUACAUCGACUGGAAAAAUUGGUCUUUGAAGGAAAAGGCUCAGUCUGGAACAAGGAACGUUUUGAAACCGAAUUUAAGAGCGAGGACCCUCCUGAUUUUAAAACAAGAAUGCCAGAAGAAUUCAAGGAACUCUUAACAGGAAAUAAUGACGACUGUUUUCGUGUUGGAAUAGCUCUAUCUAAGAAAAUUCUAAAAUUAUACGAAGGUUUUGACAAGUCUGAUUUCAUUCUCUGCUCUCCUCUUGGCCUUCGUAUGAUUCUGGAUGGUGAAGCUGGAAAGGAAAGCCACCUUAUAUCUAGUAUUCAAAUAGCUAUCAUCGACAAAGCGGACAUCAUGCUACAGCAAAACUGGGAACAUCUCUCUAUCAUUUUUUCUCACAUUCACACUCAACCUUCAAAGAUUGACACUGAUAUCUCAAGAGUUCGGCAGUGCUACAUAGGUAUAGAUUGA